UGAAAAGGCGCGCCUAUAGUUAGGUUGAAAGAAUACGUAUUGGGAGAUUGCUAGCAGCAGUGCCGUUUCUGUAAAAACCAUGGCAUGCAGAAGAGGUGUGUUAAUUGUACUAGAGGGCGUAGACAAAGCUGGGAAAACGACACAGUGCAAGAAGCUUGUCCAGGCGUUGCAAGAGAGCGGACACCGCGCCGAGAUGAUGAGAUUUCCAGGAGCAAGUCACCAUGUGUGGUUCCUUCAAACAGACAGAACAACAAGGAUAGGCCUGCUUAUAAGUUCAUACCUGGAGAAGAAGAGCCAACUGGAGGACCACACUGUGCAUCUGUUGUUCUCUGCAAACCGCUGGGAGUUGGUGCCGUUAAUUAAACAGAAGCUGGACCAGGGAAUUACUCUGGUGGUGGAUCGUUAUGCUUUCUCUGGAGUAGCUUUUACCAGUGCCAAACCUGGUUUCUCGCUGGCUUGGUGUAAGCAGCCAGACGUGGGUCUUCCCAAGCCAGACCUGGUGUUAUUCCUGCAAAUAAAUCCUGCCCUUGCGGCCCAGCGGGGGGAGUUUGGUACCGAGCGCUACGAAACAAAUGCUUUCCAGAAUAAAGUACAACAGAACUUCGAGCAGCUCAGACAAGAUCCCUCAGUCAACUGGAAGGAGAUCGAUGCAGGUAGAAGCAUUGAAGAAGUACACAUGAACAUUAAAAUGUUGUGCGAGAGUGCCAUCAACCUGGCUAAGAAUCUGCCGAUUGGAGAACUCUGGAAAUGAACCAGAACCAAGAAAUGUGUUGAAAAGGAUACAGUUCCAUACAAAGCAUAAUUUCUAAUGUAGCUUUGAUCUUGAAUAACAUUUUCCCUUUUUAUGCACAUUUUAAUUAAAAGGGAUAUAUAUGGUCCUUUUUUUAUUUUAUGUACAUUUCUUUUCCUUCAAAUGCAGAAUUGAGUAAAUAAAUAAUCUUAAAAUAAA